AUGAAGAUACAUGGCAACGUGCAGAAGGUGGAGUGUCCGGUGUGCCACAAGCUGUUCCCAGGAGAGCUGCGGCUGAAGAACCACAUGGAGACUCACAGCCAGAAGGUAGACGAGGACGCGUUUUGCGCCGAAUGCGGCAUUCAGUUCAGAAACAGAAACGUUUUGAAAGCUCAUCUCAAGUUCAACAAGAGACAUAACGGCGACGAUCAACUUAAAUACGAGUGCGAUGUUUGCGAGAAAAGAACUGCGACCAAGACCGCGAUGCAGUACCACAUAGAGGCGGAACACUUGAAGCUCGCCAACUAUCUGUGUGACAUCUGCAAUAAGCAUUUUCACGCUGAAAGACCGUACAAGAGGCACUUGAGGGAGAAACACUCGAGCCGUGUGGUGGUCAAGAGCAACGUGUGUCAUGUGUGCGGGAAAGCAUUUGCGCAUCGAAAGAGCCUGAACGAACACAUGAACCGACACACGGGGCUCCGACCGUACGAGUGUAAAAUAUGCGGCGCUACAUUUGGAUUCCAUUCCGCACUUUACACACACAACAAGCUGGUGCACCUCAAGCAGAGGCGAGUGAGGAAGAAGAAGACUGAUGAUCAGUGAUAUUAUUUAUUAUUGACGACCGAAUGGUGUAGUGGUUAGUGACCCUGACUGCUAUGCCUGUGGUCCCGGGUUAGGUUCCCGGUUG